GCUGAGGGGUGUGAGGGGCGGCGGGAGGAUGAGGAGGCAGGGAGAGCCGGCAGCCUGGCUGUGGGGUCCAGGUGGCAGGAGACAUGGCGGGGGCUGAGGAGAUUUUGCAUGGCCGCCCUUCUCCCCUUGUUCAUAACGAACAGCCGAGAUCUAAAGGGGUCGGGUUUUUCUGUUUGGUUUGGGUUUUUUUUGUCCCCUUGGGUUUGUUUUAUGGCAACGAGCACUUGGUGGGCCCUGCUUUGCCCCUCGCAAGAAAACCAGCUCCUUGGACCUCACCUUAUGCUAAUUUAUUAUAUGGAGAAAUCUGUCCAGUGCACCAGUUCUGGUGGAUCCAUAGCCCUGGCUAAGCAUGUGUUGGCACCUGGGAGAGAGGACCAAGCACACAGCUCUUAUCCUCUUCAUGCGCCUGACCCAUCCUCAAUUCAGAAAGAGAUGUGAAAGUCCGCCAGAUGAAGGAACAAGGCACAGCCUGGAGCUGGAAAAUGUGGUGAAUUUGAACCACUCUUAAAGAAGAGCCUCCGACCUCGAAAUCUUGUCCACGUAUUCUUUCCACCCUGGGGUUUCUGGAUGAGGAUGACUGGGCUGUGAAAGGCAGAAGUGUCAGGAAGCAUCUCUCAUCUAGACAUCAGGGAGACGUGAAGAGGGCAGGCUUUCAGACGUGGCACAAAGUCGAAGAUGGAUAUUAAGAGCAUGAAGAACUAUCUGUAUUGGUUGUACUGCCAGUUUGAACUCAUCACCUGCAGCUACCUCAUGGAGCCCUGGGAAAAACUGCUCUUCUACACUUUCAACAUUACGAUGUUAGUUAUGGUAUUAUACAUGGCUUACAUCUUUGUCCCUGUCCACAUUACCAUGGCCUUUCAAUUCUUCUUGCACUUAUUUGGAAACCAACAUGAAAAUACUGUUUCUAUCGUCAAGUAACAUUGACAGCCUGACACUGACUUCUGGAUCAAAGAAGUGUUUUUCUUAACACUCUGGUUUUGUUUAGAAACAGGUUCAGGGUGUGUGCCAACACAGUUUUAUUCUGCAGUAUCUCUUAAUGUUCUUCUGUAUUCCGGGACUCUCUGACAGCAAAUUAUUUUGCCAAAACAAUUGCAAUCAGUCCUUGCUUUUAUCGUUUGACUGACUGCUUCUUAAAGAGCUUUCAAUUUUAAAUGGCUGGAGUUACGAAGCUGGGUUUGAUACAGAAACAACUGUGCUGCAUAUUUAGUUAUUCUAGGGAGAGCUGCUUGGAUAUGGAGAGUUUUCAUCAGGAGAAAUUAGAUGGCGUACAUUUGUUCUUGUCUGCCGUGGCUUUGCUGACAGAAGAGGUGUGUGCACCACAGAAGGUUUUGCACAAUACCAUACAACUAUAAGCUGUUUGUCUAAGCUUGGUAUAUAUGUAUUUAUAGAAUGAUUUUAUUAUUUAUUUAGUGUCUUCAUUUAAUACAGUGAACUACUUGACUGGUUCAGCAUCAUUAUGCAAAUAAUGCAGUUGAUUUAUUAAAAAUGUGGGGAUUAACUUCCAUGAGAAUUUAUAAUAAACCGCUCAUAUUCUUGGACUUUAUGAAAAAAGAUAAUUUUUGUUUUAUUUUUAGAAGACUGGUAAAGCAUGCACAUCAUAUACAGAAGGUGAAACUACAUAUUCAGUGUGGUAGGGACAUUUUAGCUGAA